UAUAAGACGAUUUCGCUCCGAAUCUGCCCGCAAGGAACGAAUAAUUGCGAAACGUUUCUCUAAAAUGGCUGCGACUACGAAAAGGCAAAAAUUAACGGGAGAAGAAAGAAAGACUAAACUCGAUCCAUUGAAAGAAAACGGAUGGAACGAAGUAGACGGGAGAGAUGCUAUUUACAAGGAAUUUCUUUUUAAGAAUUUUAAUCAAGCUUUCGGAUUUAUGAGUCGCGUUGCUAUGCAAGCUGAGAAAAUGGAUCAUCAUCCGGAAUGGUUUAAUGUUUAUAACAAAGUACAGAUAACACUAAGCACACACGAUGUUGGCGGUGUUUCUGAUUUCGACGUACGUUUGGCAAAUUUCAUCGAAAAUGCAGCGAAACCCCUGUUAAACAAAUAAAUGUAUCUUGUCUUUUAUGUUCUAUGUUCUUGUUUAUGUAUCGUCGAAGAUUAAUUCGUGUGUCUAAUGAUGAACAAUUUUAUAAUUGUUGAUAAUGCAAUAAACAAAUAAACGUUGUUACGCAAAGAUCGAGGUCCUCUUUUUUUUCAAUUAGCAGCGAUAUUAAAUUAUUAACCGAAUUUCAAUUAUUUGUAGUAAUGUUUUCGUUCGAUAGACUGUAACAUAUGUUUGAUAAGUGAUGAUUCUGAACAAUCGAGAAGUUAACAAAUAUGAUAACUUAGUAUACUUUAGGUUGAGAUCGUAAUUUUUAGUACUGCAAGUCACGUUAAACUUAAUGACUAAUAAAAAAAAUAAAACGUUUAUAACAAUUUUCCUCGUAGUUCAAGAAUUCGAGUAAAGUAUGAUCUAACCUUCAGGAUGUGGACUAGAUUUUUAAAACAGGUUUUGUUUGCUUUUUUUCUUUUUUGUUAUAGGGAAUAUGCGAUAAAUAAAGGAUGUACGCUACAUAAGAAAUUAUCUGUUAUCUGCAAUAAUCUAGAAAGUAGCUAUUGUUUGAGAAAACUAUGUCAAAUAUUUAGUAAGUUGACAAUUAAAAAAUAAUAAUAUAAAUGUAAAACAUUCGUUAAUACUACCAAAAUAUAUA